CACACAUACACACUCACCCACUGUCCCGUGCACAAGCCCCCACACGCACACAGACACACUUUCACAAAGCGGCGCUCGCCAAUAAUCGCUGUGCCUGUUGCGCUCCGCGCUCCUUUUCCAUCUACAGUGACGCACAAGACGACUUGGAUUUUACCAGACAAGAUCCCUUUUUGAAGUUGUGUUUGUUUAGUUGUCAGAAGUCUUAGUUUCCUGGGAUUUCCAUGCGCGCCUUAAUGUUGUUGCCAAAUGAGAUGCCUAAUUUCGAGUCAAACUCCUGAACAGCUCGGCUGGAUUAAAAUCUUGAUUUAAUGGGCAAAAUGAAUAAUUCCGUGAAAUAACUUCGGAUUCCGGACCAGAGGAUUUCAAGUGAUUACUCAGUCUGCAGCCCCUCAUACUGUGAGUGAAGAUGUACCGAGUACUCUGCUGGCCAUCUGCAUUGCUGGCUGCAUCAGUGCUUGCACUUGUGGUGUCCAGAAGCCUGUCCUGUCCCAGGAGCUGUAACUGUUACCAGACUAAUGAAGUCCACUGCACUUUUCGAUCACUGCUCACUGUACCUCCUGGCCUGCCCACCCAAACACGACGGAUAAACUUAGGGUUCAACAGCAUUCGCAGGCUCCAGGACAAAUCGCUGUCUGGGCUGAGGAGGGUAGAACUUCUGAUGCUCCACAGCAAUGACCUCCAUCACCUUCCAGAUGCAGUUUUCAGAGAUAUGAAGUCACUUCAGAUCCUAAAACUCAGCUAUAACAAAUUGAGAGAGAUCUCUUCAUCGCUGACCUUCUCUGGCUUGACUUCACUGCUGCGCCUGUACUUGGAUCACAACCUCCUCCAGCACAUCCACCCCCGGGCCCUGCUCCAGCUGCCUAGCCUCCGGCUGCUCCGUCUGCAAGGGAACAGGCUGCAUCAGCUGCACCCUCACAGUCUGUGCACACUGUCCCUCCUGAACACUUAUUAUUUUUCCACACUCAGACAUCUAGACCUUUCCAACAACAGUCUAACCACUUUGCCAAAAGACAGUCUGGCAACAGCACCUCUGCUGGAGACUCUCAUUCUGCACGCCAACCCAUGGAGUUGUGACUGCAGAGUGAACUGGUUUCUCCCUUGGAGUCUGGCUCACCCAGGCAUAAUGAAAUGCCCCAAUGGUCCUCAAUGUCCAGUCUGUGCCUUGCCAACUUCACUUCAAGGGCAGGGCUUGCUCGACCAGCCAGCAAUGCCGUGCUCUUCACCCGUCAUCCACUCUCCAGGAAAAGAGACAUUUUUGGAGACUGACCUCAGUGAAAUCCAAUCAAGUGAGACUUUCAGAGAGCCCCUGGGCAGCAUUUCUUUGGGUCUGUCUGACCAGCAGGGGAACAGUGUUGAUCUAAGUUGCAACAUCACCCAGUCUGACUCGCAGGAACUGACUCCUCUCCCAGAUCAGUCUGUGACCUCCUCUUCUCCCAUCACCCUCACUCUGUCACUCACUUUGGAGUGUUUUAUGAGGGAACAGAGCUAUGAAAAACUUUGGAGGAUUCUAGCUUAUUACAGUGAGUCUGCGGCUCAGCUUCAGCAAGAAAUCAUGCUCAGUAAAGCCCCUGAAUUAGCCUACCGCUACAAGCAGGCAGCAGAGACUACUGGAUAUUAUCACACUGGAGUCAAAGCUUCUAUUAAAGCUAAACCAUAUUGGUUACUGCAGUCGGCUAUAGGCAUUCAACUCAAUAGAGCGCAGUCUAGUAGACAUAAAGUUCAACUUAUAUACUCAACUAAAGUUUCAACUCCCCUUGACCUAAUCUCUAACCAUUCUGCAUCUUCUCUUGCUUCUCAUCCAUGGGUCUUGAUUUCAACUAAUAACUCUUUCGCAUCCUAUGUUGCAACAUUGGGUAGUAACAUAGAAUUAUCUUGCCCCAUUCUCAGUUCUGGCAACCCCAAAGUUCGGUGGGUUCUGCCAGAUGGAUCCAAAAUCAUUCGCUCUUCCAACAAGGUAGAUGGAAGACUCCAAGCCACAGCUUCAGGCUUAUUUCUACAAAAAGUACAACUCUCAGAUGCUGGGAUUUACUACUGUGUUGCUGAGGCUGGAAGGGAUGUAGAUGUUCUCCCACUCCGCUUAGCUGUGGAGGAGUCUUCUGUUCCGCACUCAGGAGAGCUGGUUGGACCCCCUGCCACAGCAACAGUUGGGGAAACUGUCAACCUGUCCUGCAAGAUGUCUGGUUCUCCACAGCCUGAGAUAAGUUGGAUUUUGCCAGAUAGAAACAUACUAAGAAGGGGGUUAACUUCCUCGAGGGAGCUCACAAUUCAAUCCAAUGGAAGUCUCACCUUACUCAACCCUUCUCCGAGGGACGUUGGUCAUUAUCGCUGCAUAGGGGUCAACCUGUAUGGCAGUGACUCUCUAUCCUUUCCACUGAAAUUAAAUCCACAGCAAAUUAUGCCUUUGGAAACGUUGUUUCCCAAAGGACCGCAGUCAGCCUCUGGACGGUCAACGAAAAUACGAGCCCCUUUAUUUCACCAAGCAGGAGAAGGGUCAGGGGGUGAUAUGGAACAAGAGGAACCAAGAGUAAAUGCUAACAACAAGCAGCGGCCAGUGCUGUUUCAGUCACAUCCACAGAGAAGGCAUCAAGGUGAAAAAGUACCUCAUGGUCCAAUGAGAGAAGGCCCUUUUAGAGGGAGAAGGCCUAUUUCACCCACUGAACGAAAAAGAAGCCGCUUUCAGAACAGAAACAGAGGAAGCACAAACAGACUCAGGCUAGACCCCCAGAAAUGGGCUGAUCUGCUGGCUAAGAUCCGUCAAAAAACUGCAAACAUCAGCAACAGCCAGCUCACCAAUAAAAACCCCACGGAUGAGCCUAAGCAAGGAAAUGAAGUUAAGAAAACAAGCUGGCAUGAAGAAGGUGGUGGUGAAAUCAAAGACAGAGCUCCGACCACCGGUGCUGAGGCAGAAACCGAAGGGUCAUCAGAGGAUGAUGCUGUUGUACAAGACAAAAUGUCACAGCCCGUUCAAUUUCCUCAUGCAGAUCCACAAAUUAAAACUGAGAUAACAACAGAUGCAGAGAACGACAUAGAAAUGCCAACAAGAAAACCUGUAGAUUCUACAAGUGAAUCAUAUGGUCAGACACAGACUGAAAAAGCAAACACAGUAACAAAGACACCAUCCAUCCCACUAAGUAAAAAAGAACCUAUAGUAACUGAGUCAAACUCGGCAGCAAAUGAAAUUGUUUUAGAAACAAAGGAAGAGCCCAAGCAGAGAUUAUACUCCAGGCCAGGUAGUACCUGGCCUCGACACAGACUCCCCCCAAAUUUGGUCCCAAAUUUUCGAAAUCAAAGCCAUUGGAACUUACAAAGACAACCUGGAAAACGAAGAAGAAUAGGACGGCCCAGGAUCCGACCUGGAACACUACCUCAGUCUUCCCCUAACCUUAUGAGGCCAAGACCCCAAGCAGUGACACCUGGCUCUAUCGCAAGUCCAACUAGUUUGUUACAGACAGUGCCAACAACCACAUUUAUGCCUGUUUUACUCACAACAACUGACCAAAUUGAUACUUCAACUAAUGAUCCGUCUCGGAACUCUCAAUACAGUCCUUCAGUUUCUCCCACUUCAGACUCCACUGCACCCCCAUUAUCUCCUAUUGCCAUCAAUAGGUCCACAUUCACAGACCCAGUGACUCAGCCUAGUAAGACAUCACAAAACAAAGAGUCCACUCUAAACAACAAACCAGCCCUCACUCUGUCCAAAACUGUGAUUUCAGAAAAACGUGUGCCAGACACACAUGAUGCAACAUUUACACAUGGCCUACUUACUCAUGAAGAAACAAAGACAGCCUCAUCCAAAAGUACUGAAAUACCCAUAAUCAAACACAGUAAAAAUCUAGAGGGGGAUAUCUUGGACAAGUCCCACUUUUCUACCACUCACUCUUUUAAUGCUUUCUCAGUCUCCAGUGAGUCUUCAGACCUCCCUACUGCAAGAACAAUCAUGAGAAAUACGUCAGCCCCUCCCAAGAGAGCUAGUUAUGAUGGCAGCACAUCAGGAUCCCUGACUAAUGAGAACUCAUUUUCCACCAGUCGUAGAAUGACUACAAAGACUCCGUUCAUGUCUGCUACAACUAAUAUUGUUACUCCAACAACAACCUCUGCCAUGGAUGGUUUAUCCUCUGAUACUACCACCAUUACCUCAACUACCACUUCUACCCCUGUGACAUCUACAACUCGUCCUAUCUUUACUAUUUCAACUACUGGAACCUCAGCUAGUUCUUUAAGCCCCAUUAAAGAAACUUUUAGUACCACCUCUGGUCCUAGAAAUAGUAGAAAGGAUGGUACAGUUUCCAUGGCUUCUUCGACCAUUUCCAAAAAAAUGACAACCAUGAUCUCGACUACAACAAACCCUUUAGUGGUCAAAACGACUCCAUUAAAUACAAUAGAAUCUACACGUAGAGGGCUUUCUAGUACCGCCAUAACAACGACUACAACCAGUCCUAGAUCCUCGUCCAGAAACACUGACGAAGUUGAUCCCAGAGCAAGCCCUGCCUCUGCUGCUCCAGUUCGAAAUCCACAUCCCACUGACUGGAAGAGCAGUGGAGCCAAUUCCAUUCCAGAUUCACACAAAAGCAGAUAUCCCCAUCCUACUUCUGCUGCUUUGCUUCCCGCCGCUCCAUUGGCUCCAGCUGUGAGUUCUAGACCAAGGAUUGCAGACCCACACACCAGAAGAGUUUCAUUUCCUGCGGAGAGCAUUGCAAUGCUGGCUUGUGAAGCUGAAGGACAGCCAAAACCCUCCAUCACAUGGACCAAGGUUGCCACAGGAGCAAUGAUGUCAAUACAUUCGAGAGGGCAGCGUUUUGAGGUCUUGCCAAAUGGCACGCUUGCUAUAAAAAAUGUUCAGCCUCAGGACCGGGGCACAUACAUCUGCAGUGCAAACAACUUCCUCGGACGAGACAGGUUGCUUACUACACUUGAAGUCUGGACCCGCCCCCCUCGUAUGAAGCUGGAAAGUUACCGAGAAGUGACCAUUCAUCAAGGAGGAGAAGUUCACCUGGAGUGCCAAGCAGAUGGAGUUCCCUCCCCUCGGCUCUCCUGGGUCCUGCCUGAUCGUUCUACUCUAACUCCCAGCACCCGCUCGGAUCGAGUCAUCAUGAACACAAAUGCAACCCUUUUUAUUUCAGCGACUGUGCCGAGUGACAGGGGAAUGUACCGAUGUGUAGCCUCCAACUCAGCUGGUGCUGCAAGCGCCUCUGUGCGUGUGCACGUGUCGUCAUUGCCACCAGUAAUACAGCAACCCAGAAAAGAACACCUGCUUCUGUCUCCAGGGAUGCCUGUUUUUGCUCACUGCUUUGCCAGAGGUGCUCCGCCACCAACUCUGAGAUGGCGAAUCCCCAACGGAACCCUCGUUCGUCCGUCUCAGUUCCUCCCUGGCAACCUCUUUGUUCUGCCCAAUGGUACACUGCAUAUUCGCAGUGUUGAGUCAAGGGACACUGGGGACUACGAGUGCACAGCUAGUAAUGCUAUGGGGAGUGCUAAGAGGACAGUGAGGGUAGAAGUUACAAGGGGAACCGAUGAGAAAAGAAGACAAGGAAAAAUCCCAAAUGUAGACACAAAAGGAGCCGUCUCUGAAAAUACAUCGUUUUCUUCAAAAAAAGGAGUCUUGCCUAUCCCCAGCAGCCCCUCAGACGCUCUGAAGUCCUCCUCUCUACAUCCCACUAAUAGAUCUACAAACCUGUUGCUCCACACAAGCUCUUGGAACACUCUCUCUAAUUCAUCUUCUAAAUUCAAUAAAACAUUCAUUGCCUCCCCCACACACUUUACUAACUUCAGAAAAACAAAUCACUCACUUCUUUCCCCUUCCUCCACUGUGCCAACACAUAAAACCAACAUUUCACCCAACAUAAACACAACAAGAGUUCCCUCCUUGUUCCCUGCAGCCAGAAAAGCUCCUUUGCACCCCCUGCCUGUCUCACCUUUCACUAACGCCCGGAUUGUAUCUACAUCACCACCCACCUCCUCCAUCCCCUAUGGGGGUGUCUUGCAGCUUCACUGUACUACAACUGGCAACCCCAUCCCAGUCAUUAUAUGGAGGACUCCCAGCAGGAAGUUGGUAGACAUGAACUACAGUUUCGAUAGACGUCUGAAGGUGCAUCCUAACGGGACCUUGUCAGUCCAGGCAGUAAGGCAGACCGAUGCUGGAGACUACCUUUGUAUCGCACGGAACAAGGUUGCAGAUGAUUACCGCCUCCUUCGUGUGACUGUAGCCACAAAACCUGCCAAGAUCGAGCCAAAGCAACCGCUCAGUCACAUGGUGUUGUAUGGCAAACCACUGAAGGUGGACUGCCAGGCAUUCGGCCUGCCUGACCCAGUUGUUCAGUGGAGCCUGCCAGAUGGAACCAUGGUGAACAGUGUGUUAAAUGGAGAAGGCAGAGGGCUGCGAUCCCGACGGCUAACUGUGUUUGACAAUGGGACAUUACUGGUUCCAGCAGUGGGGAUCAAAGAAGAAGGCGAGUACACAUGCUAUGCGGAGAACCAGGAGGGUCAAGACACCAUGAAGGUCAAAGUAAAGGUCACGAUGACAUCUCCGCCAACCUUUACAGAAGACAGAAGGCCCAGCAUCAUUAAAGCGCAACAGGGAGCAACUGUCACAAUACCCUGCCUGGCUACGGGAAACCCUGUCCCAAAAGUGAUGUGGUUUUCACCAACUCACCGUGCCAUACCACAGAGUUUGGGGUCUGGCUUUUAUUCAGGACGUGCCGUGGUGGUUUCAGAUGGAACUCUGCAGAUUCGUUCGGCCCAAAAGGGUGACUCAGGAAACUAUACAUGUAGAGCGAUCAAUUCGGUUGGGGAGAGGAGUAAAGUAGUGAGCUUGGACAUUGAGGCCCCGACUUUUGGACUCUAUGGUCAAACAGGAGAAAGAGGUUGGAGUAUAAAUCAGCAUGGCAACACACAGGCCAUUAGGCCAGGAGAUAAUAUUGACAAUCCAAGGAUAACUGGGCAUAGAUUCAUUUCAAAUAAGUUGCACAGUACCAACAACACCAAUAGCAAUACUUUUGGUAGAACAAGAUAUAUAUCACCAAAUAAUGGUGUUAAUGUAGCUAUUAGUGGGUUCUAUCCAACCCUCAGAAGUGAUGUUCAAAGAGGAUUUAAUAGGCUGGUCAGUGGAGGUAACACUGGAAUACGUUUUGCUGGAAACAAGGCACAGGAUGUAGGUAUUAAAGAAGACAAUAGUGGCAUUAAAAGCAGUGGGUCGGUGAGCAGCAGUAGAUCGGGUAACAGUCAUGAAACAAUUAGAGGACAAACUGGGGAAACAAAACCAGAGACCGUUAACAAUGAGUUAGCUGCAGAAAGGAUUAGCAGUGAUGGCAGUACCAGCAAAGACAGUGGUAGGUUAAAUGAUAUUUCAAGAAAUGUUGGAAACUUAAGGGUUAGCUUUUCCAGUCAAAAAUCUGAUCCAAGAACUCUCAGAGGAAACCACUUUAGCCGAAAUAGUGGACUAAGAGGGACAAAUGACAAUAACAGAAGGGAUGGUGUUAGUGGUCACACUGACACAGUAGUGGGUGUGGCGACAACAACAAAAAAGCAGGCAGUUAAAGGUCAAACAGUGCUUCUGCCAUGUCCAUACAGAGGAAGUCCUCCCCUACAUCAGGCCUGGCUUCUUCCUGGCAAUGGUAUGUUGCCAGCCCCUUUUUAUGGUAGCCGACUUGUUGUGCACCGAAACGGCUCUUUAGAAAUUCGGGGUGUGCAGAUGAGUGAUGGUGGGACUUUAGUUUGUGUGGUAACAAGCAAAGGAGGAGAAACAGUGACUCGGGUGGAGCUUGAGAUCUCAGAGCCACGGGGGGAGUUCAGAUUAGUGCAAACCGGACUGGUACAGGAAAAACCACAACCACUUUCACCUUUGUACCUUCAGAGGGGUGUGAGCUCCCCUGUGGUUCCUCAGCCAGUAAAGUCCCCCCCUGUCUUUGGACCAGUCUCAGAGCCUAAAGUGAGCUAUAGAACUGCCCCUCUCGUCAGCAUCAUCAGUGGAGAGACCCUCCGCCUUACUUGCCCCGUUUCCUCAAGUCAAGCUUUUCUGUCAUGGACUACGCCUGCUGGAAAGGUGCUGUCCAGGGGUAACAGGGAUGACUCCGGCCGUUUCAUUUUGCAAGAAGAUAGAACUCUCAUAGUGAACCAGGCGUCUGUGUUUGAUCGAGGUACCUACACCUGCAGAUCCUCCACCAACGACUCCUCCACCGUUUCAGUCGUCACAGUUCCCGUGAUUGUCAUUGCCUACCCACCCCGCAUCACAAAAGGUCCCUCCCCUAUGACCUACACUCACGUUGGAGUUGCUGUGGAGCUGCCCUGUCUGACCAUAGCAACACCCAAGGCAACAGUCACCUGGGAAACACCUGACCUGACACAGCUGAGGAUGAUGGGUCAACCUCGCAUUUAUGGCAACAACUAUCUCAACCCUCAGGGCUCUUUGGUGAUACAGAACCCGACACACAGGGACACUGGAUUUUACAAAUGCACUGCUAAAAAUGUAAUCGGAACAGACAGCAAGGCAACUUAUCUGCAUGUUAUAUAAUGGACCAAACCCAGCAGAUGGAAGCUGACAUGCAAACAUACAACCGAGACACACGCACGCCACCAGUGCUUGUAAUGCUGAAUGACCUCUACACAUGGUAAUGCAAAGUGUCACUUGUGCCCCCCAGAAACAUGCAAAGCUCUGAACCCAAGACUCUGCGGAAUCUAAUAGACACAACUCAGAAAAAAUGUCUGUUUUUUGACUUUUUUGCCAGAGGUUGAAUAUUUUUCUUUCAGGUACAGCAUUGCUCAAUCUGUAUGUAUUUUAUUUGUAGGUGCACAUUUGCACCUUUGUUUCUUAUUUUCACUUUAUUUGAUUCAUAUUUUUUUAAGUUAUUAUUUACAUAAAAAAACAAAGCAAUUUUUAGCUGGAAAUAAUUUAAUACUCUAGUCACAAAUGCAAUUGCAAUGGGGAGGCAUCGGCAGCAUCUUCAAGAUUAGCUGCCGGAUUUUUUUGAAAAUGUUUGGCAUGGUUAUAAAUGCAAACAACGGCAGCCAGGUGGGGAUGACGUCAUUAUGAAGUUGGGUGACAGCUUGAUGGUGGCAGCUGGAUCACCGGGCAGCAGCAGCUCUGACGGCGGCCGUCCAUAUCAAGUGCCAUCAGCCACAUGGUUUUACAUACCGGGGGUAUAUAAAAAUGGGCCAUUUCGCACCACUAGUCUUUAAAAGUCACUGUGGUGCUAUAGAUGCCAUGAUGAGUUUUGAGCAGCAUCAAUGCCAUCUCCCCAUUUGGACCUACGGUGGCUGGGAUUGCCAGAUUGACCUUUAGUCCUCUGAUGGUGGCAGUGGGUCCAUCAGCAGGGUAGUAGCUGGAGGGUAGCAGUCUAAAAUCGUCCGAUCAUCAGAUAAUUUUUGGGACCUUGGACCCCCUCCUAUUAGUCGAUUAUUGCAAUAUCUGUCACUAAGCUGUCACUGCUUAACCACCAAAUAUUAAUACCAAUUAAACCAAAUAAACUACUGACCUAUGUAAAAAAAAUCUUUUGGUCGUGGUAAAUUUUUACCUUUUUUUAAAUCCACCGCAGCCACUGCCCAGCAUAUAAAAUACAACUGCCGUUUCCUGAUUACAAAUGCCACCGUGCAGUCACCUGAAGAAUUUGAUGAACAUUUAGGUUGCAGCUCGCUGGGAUUUGGGGAUAUAUGAUCGUAUCCUGGGAUAUCACCUAAUUGAAGUUUGUUUCUUACAGCUUUAUUACUUUACUAUGCAAAAACAUUGAACAUUAAUACUCUCACAAUGAAAAAAAAACUUUAGUUUGUUAUUUAUGUAUAAAACACAAAUCCGUUUUGAUUUUUGUCCUCAUUUGAAGAUUUAAGUGGUUGUUUGACAAUUUUUAUGUUCAAUCCAGAUGAUAACUAAUGAUGCAAGGCCUAUAUAAUGCAUUUAUUAUCAUGUUUUUCCACACUAAGCACAGUUUUUAAAAAAAAACAUGUCUGCAACAAACAGAACCUAUUUGUCUUUCACCUUCUUCUUUUUGUGCAUUCAAAAACCAAACUGUGUUGUUUAUUCCAUUCUACCAGGUUUUUCUUUGUGAAAAUGUUGCAGAGAGAUGUAACCAUGGCAUUUUCUUUAGUGUUGUUAUUUGCUAACUACCUGUUAUUAGAGGUUUGAUUCGGGGCUGUGUUGCAGAUGUAGCAAAUCUGUAAUUUUCACAAGCAGUCAAGAGUGGAGUGUAAUUACCUCCAAGCAUUACUUCAGUGAUUUCCUAACAGACAACGGAAGACUUCUUUGUUUGACUCAGUAAAAAACAGUCUUCAGGACCCAAAUAGUUUCUUUGUUUUGCUACUUAUCUUGAUAAGAAAUGCAUCACCGAGUCUUGUUUUUACAAUGUAAGAUGAUUUGGUCCAAAGCACUACUAUACACACAGCUGUAUCCUGGUCUUUGAAGAGUUGUCAUCAUUAUUUUAUAUCUAAAGCUUGUUUAAAUGCCUCACAGGCUCGACCCAAAAUUGUGCCAAGAAAAAAAA